AAUUCCAACACACUUCUCGCGGAGAAUCUCGAUUCAGCAGAAUCUCCAAUCAAUAUGGCGUACACCAUCCAAAAUUGAAUUUUCUGUGAUAUCAUUCUCUCCCUCAGAACCUAUGAAUUUUUUACAGAAAUACGUUUCACACGCCUUUUGAUGCAGAGUUUUUAGCUUUUAUAUAUAUAUAUAUAUAUAUAUUUAUAUAUGUGAGUGGCUCUGUCGUUGAUUUCUCUGAUCACUGGAGAGGGACGCUUGGUCGGGAUAUCUGUGUGUAGGGUUUUCGUGUAUUCAUCAGCGGGCUUGAGUUCUUCGAAAGUACUCUCGUUAAAGGUCCUUGCAGUACUCCUUAAAAGAUUAGCUGAAUGGCAGACAUAGGAAAAUCGAUGCAACAUAUCCGUAGAAAGAAAGCUUCAUGGUAGUGGCUUUUUGGAAGAGUGGAGUUAAACUCAUUUGACGGUUUAUGUGAGAAACACAGUUGAAGUUUCUAGCAAGCAGUACGUGAGAAUUGGCAUGUUGAUGCACAAGCCUUCUCUGGCCUCACUUGGGACUUGCUGACCGAUGUCUUAUUAGAGACCUGGUUGGCUUGUACACGUAUGAGCAGAAGCCAGUGACUAGAAUUUAAGCAAUGGAUGAGUUCAGGGAACCUGAAGCUUUUAUUGCCAGCUGGAUAAGCAAAAAUCCAGCUGAAAUGGCAGAAUCUCAUCUGUUUAUUAUAUCUUGCUUCAUUGCUGGCCUGAUAGGGAUGUCGACUAUAUUGUAUACAGCUUUCCAGUGGAGAAGAAAUAUUAAUUUAAGUUGGAUGAAAGCCAUUGCCAGGUCGAAGAAAAAUCCUAAAACAAGGAACAAGGUUCCGCAGGCACCUCAUAUUUGGGGUUUAGAGUCUGUAAAUCGAGGAAAAAGUUUGAACUGCUGUGUAUGCCUAGAGUCUGUAUCUCCUUCACAGACUCUUGGCCCAAUGGUUGCUUCAGAUAGUUUUAUCCACCGUUGUAGCAUAUGUGGUGCAGCAGCUCACUUGAGUUGCUCUGCUAAUGCUCAGAAGGAUUGUAAGUGUGUAUCAAUGUUUGGCUAUGACCAUGUUUUGCAUCAAUGGGCAGUACAAUGGACAGAGGUAACGGAUCAACCCGAUGAUUCUUCCUUUUGCAGCUACUGUGAGGAGCCAUGUAGUGGUUCUUUUCUUGGGGGAUCCCCGAUAUGGUGUUGCUUAUGGUGUCAGCGCCUAGUUCAUGUUGAAUGUCAUGGUAGCAUGUUUAAUGAAACAGGUGAUGUGUGUGAUUUGGGGCCUUUUAGAAGGCUUAUCCUCUCACCCCUAUAUGUUAAGCAAUUGAAUAGGACUUCUUCUGGUGGAUUUCUCAGCUCCAUUACCCAUGGAGCCAAUGAGAUUGCAUCAUCUGUUCGUGCUAGCAUCAGAAGUCAAAGCAAAAAGUAUAAACAUGGAUAUGAAACCACUGCUGAUACUGGAAAUAGAAGCAAUAUGAGUGAUACGUCGACAGAAAGUGUCGCAGCAACCAGUCCCAAGGGUGCUAGUUGUAAUAAAGUAGAAGGACAUUAUGAUGGCCCUGUGUAUAUGGAGGAAGUGAAUCAACAACAAAACGGAGAAGGAAAAAAGAUGGAUAAAGCACCCAGUUUCAAGAGAAGUUCAUCAAUUAAUCAAAAGGAUGAGUUUCAGUUAAUAGGCAUGAGACAGACAUACGAGUUGAUUGAUUUGCCUCCAGAGGCAAGGCCCUUGCUAGUGUUCAUCAACAAAAAGAGUGGAGCUCAACGGGGUGAUUCACUCAGGCAAAGACUCAACAUUCUUCUGAAUCCUGUACAGGUUUGUGAAUUAAGCUCUGCACAGGGGCCAGAAACUGGACUCUAUUUGUUUAGAAGGGUGCCCCAUUUCCGUGUUCUAGUCUGUGGAGGAGAUGGCACUGUCGGCUGGGUUCUGGAUGCCAUAGACAAGCAAAAUUUUGUUUCUCCUCCACCAGUGGCCAUUCUUCCUGCAGGAACAGGAAAUGAUUUAGCUAGGGUUCUUUCUUGGGGGGCUGGUCUUGGUUCAGUUGAGAGGCAAGGAGGCCUUUGCACACUUUUGCAUGAUAUAGAACAUGCUGCAGUUACCAUUCUUGAUCGGUGGAAGGUAUCAAUCUCAAACCAGCAAGGAAAGCCACUCCGACCCCCUAAGUUUAUGAACAACUAUCUUGGGGUUGGAUGUGACGCAAAGGUUGCUCUAGAAAUCCAUAAUCUGAGGGAAGAGAAUCCAGAAAAGUUCUAUAACCAGUUCAUGAAUAAAGUUCUUUAUGCUAGAGAAGGUGCUAAGAGUAUCAUGGAUCGGUCAUUUGCUGACUUACCUUGGCAAGUCCGUGUGGAGGUUGAUGGUGUUGAAAUUGAGGUUCCUGAGGAUGCAGAAGGUGUCCUUGUAGCUAAUAUUGGAAGUUAUAUGGGUGGUGUUGACUUGUGGCAUAAUGAAGAUGAGAACUAUGAUAGUUUUGAUCCUCAAUCCAUGCAUGACAAGGUGCUCGAGGUUGUAAGCAUUUCGAGUAUGUGGCAUCUGGGAAAGCUGCAGGUCGGGCUAUCCCGAGCACGCAGGCUUGCACAGGGACAGUCGAUUAAAAUCCAGCUUUUUGCAGGCUUUCCAGUUCAAGUAGACGGAGAACCAUGGUUUCAGCAACCUUGUACAUUAACCAUCACGCAUCAUGGACAGGCAUUUAUGUUGAAAAGAGCUGCAGAAGAACCUCUUGGUCACGCAGCUGCAAUUAUCACUGACGUCCUUGAGAAUGCUGAAACCAAUCAUGUUAUUAAUGCAUCACAGAAACGGGCGCUGCUUCAAGAAAUGGCACUGAGGCUAUCCUAGAAUCUAUGAAGUUCUAGCUAUAUUCUGCAUAUAAAUCUGAGUGAUGAACGGUUAGCUGUGGAAAAUUUUCCCUCCUGCAAUCCCAUUGUGACCUCUUCCAAAACCCUAAUCAAUCCUAUGUACGCUCCUCUAGUUAGCUUUGACAAGAAAUCUUCUUGGCUGUCUUUCCCUUACAAUGGAUGUAGAAGGGGGAUUUCAGGUAAUUCCAAUGAGUGCUAUUUAGUACUGCUUUGAGCUCAUAGGAGUCAAGCAGGUUGCUGCCAUUGUGCUUUACAGUAGGUAUCCAGGUACAUGCCCUCGUCAGUUUGUUGACUUAAACUCCAUCCCAGUCCUCACUGAUGUUUAGGGGUAUUCACUGCGUGCAAGUUUUUGACUAUUGGUUUCUUCUGGUUCUUUUACAAGUGGUAAGCGCAUUGAAAAUUUGUAAAUAUCGAAGUGCACGGGGAUUUGUGUUACUAAGAUAAUGUUGUUUGUAAUGCUCAACCGUUGGCACAUUCCGUAUCCAAAUGGUGAUAGUUUUAGUUUAGGAUACUUUGUAUCCUUAACCAUGAAAAUUAUUUGUAAUAUUAUUUAAAUUUUAUCUGAA